AUGGGCAUGAAGGUACGCGACAAGCACAGCUACAGUCACCAUUCUGCAUUCCUUGCAUGUCCAGAGGGGAUCCACCAGGGAGUAAUGUGUAACUUCCUUAUGCUGCAGUUCCGGACGGAGGAGGUGCAGCGCUGCCUGGAGGCGCAGAGUGGCCUGUCGUACAAGGUGGAGGUCUGUGUAGCAACCACUGCCACUUAUGGCGACAAGUUCCGGGGGGUAUGCAAGCACAGGCUUAAAGCUGAUGGCAAACAGUGGAGCACAUGGAAGGCAGAAUUUGCGCUGGUGUACGUGGCUCCUGUGAAUGGCUUGCUCAAGAAAGCCAUUGAGAAAGGUUCUGCAGGAGGCCUCGCUAAGAAUUUUGCCACUUUGGUGGAAGUCCUGGGCGAAUUUGGCGAGGUGACGAAGCCACAACAGGAGCAGGGAGCUACAGCGGCUGUGCCAUCUGAGGCGGCACAACCGCAGGCCCAACAGCGGGUUUUGGGUAUAUUGGAUGAGGGCUUUGUGCGAUUGUUCGAGCCGGUGGCUGCCGUCAUUCUGCGCACCGGCACCCAGCAAGGGGUCGCUGGGCAGGAGGUCAGCCGCACAGCCACUGCCAUUGCAGUGUUGGUGCUGUUGAUUGUCCUUCAGUGUCUGCUGGCGGUGGUCCGCAUGGCCUUGGGUUCUUUCAGAAUCAAUCCAGGUUGGCUGGGCAUACCGGGGAGUGUUUCAGGAAUUGUAUUCAGCAUUGCUGUCUUUGUUCUGGCGCAAAGGGCCGCCCCGCUGGUAGCAGCUCGAGUCCCCUCGCUGUUUGGCAGACUGCCGGGGUUGCAGAAACUCCGCCGGAACAGCAGCAGCUUGCCUAGUGGCGCAGAUGCUGAUGCCCCUGUCAAGGGCACGAGGUUCGAGGGCUUUGACGCUGCGCUUGAGAAUGCAAAUGCAGACAUCAUGUCAGGCGAGCAAGAGCUGCGUGCAGCAUCGCUGGCAAACCUUGCGCUGCAGAGGACCGCUCCAGCACGAGAACAGCUCAGGACGGGCGUGAAGGGGUUCCAGAAGCUGAUGGCGGACACGUGGACGGCAGGGCGGCGGCGCAUGGCCAAUGGGGCGCUGACCCCGGAGCGCGCCGUCUCCCCGGCGCGCCAGCAGGGCCCCGACAAGCGCUUGGGCCCCAGCCGCGGAUCCUCGCCGCUGCCCACGUCGCCCAAGUCAGGGAGCGAGGACGCCAUUACGCUGUCCGAUGAUGCCCUGCAGCGUCGCAGUCCCAGCGCAAGGAGACGGCAUGGAAAUAGGAGGUCGGAGAAAGCGCUUAUGAAGAGCUUCAAUGCAGCUUCCAGGAGUUCCGGGGAUGAAGCUGACGCACAGAGGUCAGUGGAGAUGAGCGCAAUGGGGGCACGACCUGCAUCCCUGACGAGCCAGACAUCUUCGCUGAGCGAGUAUGAAGGGGCAGGCCCGGUGGAGGCAGAGGUUUUUGAGAAUGAGCGCUUCCUGCCAUUCCGGGGCUGGGGCCACCAGUGGCCGGGGCACCUGCUGCCCACCGACCGCGUGGGCCACUGGAGCUUGCGUGGCGACGUUCCUAGUGGCGCAGAGAGCAUGGACUUCCACAAUGUGGCGCCCGCGCUGCGAGAGGGCUGGGAGUGGCUGGAGGAGGACUGGCAUAUUGACAUGACGGGUCAUGAGGAGGGGUGCGUGGAUGAUGAAGGCUGGUACUAUGCAGUCGACUUCAACUGGCUCAAGCACCCGCCUGCGCCUGGUGCUGGCCGCUUCAAGAGGGUCCGGGAUUAUGUCCGGAGGCGGCGUUGGGUGCGCACUCGGGUGCGCUGCGAGGCCUUGACGGCCUCGGACGGCGCGCUGCAGCGCCUGGCCUCCCUCUCGCAGCCGCCCCCGCUGCUGCCGCUCACAGAGCUGCUCGGCGACCUGGCCAUCAGGCCUGAAGGGCAGCCCUUGCCGCUAGAAGCACCCGCCUCUCCUGAGCUAGGCAUUGCUUCCCAGGCUCUUGAGCAGCAGCCAUUUGAGCUGCGCCCGUCCGGCACCCCCACGACAUCUGCCGAGCUGCAGACCCCUCGGCUGGUGAUGCGCACGGGUGGAAAGGGCAGCCCCUCAUCACAGGCGGAGGAGCGCCUCGUGCUGCUGCGCCUCAGUAUCGUGCCGUCAGGAGAUGCGACUCGCGAAGCCGGCGGUGUGGCAGUCAAGCUGGUCCUCAGACAGGAGCCGGCAGCCCCCAUGCAGCCGCCUUCCCUUCCGCAGCCCGCCAUGCAGCAGCCCUUGCCAGCAGCUGGGGAUCCAACGGGGAGCCAGCUGCGCAUGCCCUCCAGAAGUCUGGUGCAGGCAGAAGCGCCAGGGAGCAGUGCAGGGCUGGCAGACAAUCCAAGCCAUGCUGUCAGAGACGGCCAUGCAGAUAAAUUUGUCGCGGGAGGCACUAACGGCUAUCCAAGACGAAACGACGAGGCUACUACAGCAGCAGAAAACAGAGCUGCAGGCAAUGGGUCAGAGCAUAUUGCAGAUCCGUUUGCUGCUGCAGCGCACGCACUUGGAGCGCAGGGCUCCGCAGCGAUUGGGCUUUCAUCAGCUGCAGCUCUGCGCUCAGAGGAGGAGGCUGCCGCGGCUGAUGGCGCAGCUGGGCUGCUGGACUCUGAUCUUGAGCAGGUGGAGCUGCAGAUUGCAGCCUCCAUGCAGCCCUCUUCGGAGGGGAGCGGUGCAGCUGAGAAGCUUCUUGCCAACGGAUCCCACCGCAGCAGCAGGAUCCCUGAAUCGGGUCUCGGAGACGCGCCAAGUCUUAGUCCAGCAGAGGAGGGUGCGGUGAGCGAUCAGGGUGAUGGCGGUGACAGCAGGCCAGCCAUGGCCUUAUCGAAUGCGGGCUUGGAACAGGAUGCGGAUGCGAAGCCUGAUGCAGACGGAGGUCAGCCUACACCGGAUGACAGAGAGGACGGGCUGGACUUGGGACUGGAAAGCGCUGAAGCCACUACACAACUGCAGCAGCGCAGCACCUCCUCAUCAGAGCCUGUUGCGCUGGAGGCUGUCAGCAAGGAAUCCCCAGCGAUCAGCGCCAGGGAGGAAGAGGCUUCUGGGGCGCUGCCUGCCGAGAGUGCAGCAUUCCAGGAGCAUGCAGCUGCGAAGGAACAUGCGGACUGGGAGCACGUCAGGCAUGCCAGCGACGGCGACACGGACGACAGCGGCGUGGUGGUGCAUCAUGAGCAUGCGGCGCAAGCGGAUGAUGACCCUUUGUUGCCAGCGGAGCGCGGGACAAUCACAUCACAAGGCACUGGACGCUCCUCACGUCAGGUGUUGGAAGAGGGCAGCCCAGGAGCUGAAGCACAGUCGCCCAAGGGACCAUCCGUGGCUGAGCAACAGGCACACAUGCAGUCCGAGGAUGCAGCGCAGGCUUGCGGCGAAGCACAGCAAGCACCGUCUCAGCCUAGCACCUCGGCUGCAGCAUCAGAGGCCAGCAGCAGUGCAGCCACAAACGUGCGCGCUGAAGACAGGCACGCCACUCCUGAGAGGAGGCAGCUCUUUCUUGGGCCUGCAGGCGACUCAUCCCCGGGCCCUUCACCAGGCGCUGUGGACUGGAGCCAGAUUGGCAAGAAGUCUGGGCGAUUUGCAGCCAUGGCCGGGGACAGCCUGCGCAAAGGCUUUGCCCAAGCGGCAUCCCAUGCGUCCGGUGCAGCACGGCACUCUGGGAAGGGGGAGCCCCGGGCUCUGUCCCCUCCGGCUGAGAAGCUGCAGGAUCAGCACAGCAGACGGAGCAUCACACCGCCUAGCAGAGAGCAGCAGGCGGGCGGGCCCACCUUCCUGCAGAGCCUGAAGUCGCGUGGCGAACAGUCUCUGCAUGCCGCGCGCAGCGUCCUGUCUCCAGAGGCGACCGGUUACAAGGCAGACAGCGCUGCAAGUGGCGACGGCAGCCCAGCUGCGGCAGAGGGCCCCAAGGCCGAGCAUGCUGCGCUGGGUUCCAUGCGGGGCAUGUUCUCGGACCUGAAGCGCACCAUGGAACGCGUGGGUAGGCCAUGCAGCACCAUUGAUGAAUAUGGCAAGCUUUGGGAAGCAGGAGGCUGCUUUGCCGUUGCCUCGGAGCAGCAGCGAAGUUGA